UAAGUAUAAAAAUGAAUAUACCGGCGCAUCACGGUGCAAAUCAUCACGAACUGUUCGUUGGGAUAGGACGAUCAGCAGCAGACGAAUCAAAUAGUAAAAUAACAUAGCAACCGUUUUUCAUCGACAAGUCUACGACGACCACUGCUUCACCACUGUACGUCGAGCGGAUUGUUAGGUCGGGUCGAAAUGUGCCACAGUGUCAGAACAGCGCUAGCAGCGAGCAACUGCUGCAGCAUUGUGCUAUGCUGCGUGCUACUGCUGACCUUAACGCUUACUGUGACUGUUACUGCUCAGCACAACCAGGCCGACGAAACGUGUGAAACGCUUCCGUCGGAAAUUCAUCUCAUAAAAGAGGAAUACGACGAGCUGGGACGACUCUACCGUACCUGCAACGGAGACGUCACGGUCAACAAAUGUGAGGGAAAAUGCAACAGCCAGGUCCAGCCGUCGGUGAUAACGGCGACCGGCUUUUUGAAAGAGUGCUACUGCUGCCGGGAAUCGUUCCUGCGCGAACGGCAACUGCAAUUAACGCACUGUUACGAUCCGGAUGGCGUCCGGAUGACUGACCACGAGUCUGCUACGAUGGAAAUUCGCCUUAAGGAACCGGUCGAUUGCAAGUGCUUCAAAUGUGGCGAAAUGGUUCGCUAAUUGCAACUGCCAUACGAUGAAAAAGAUAAACAAAAAAAAGUGAGAUAGAGAAAGGAGGUCCCCGACAAGUCGGCAAAAUGAUAGCAUCUAAGCAUUUCCAGCACACUGCCCUUCAGAUCGUUCUAAAGUUCUAAGCACCGUCGUUAAACUACCACUUGGAAGCCAUUGAAAAGCAGCAUCACUUCCGUAGCGUGUAUCCGCCGUAUACAGAGUAUUGAAAAUAAAGCAAUGAAAAUAUUA